GACACCACCGCUAUUCCGCCCCUCCUGUCCUCGUCGCCAUGAACGUCGCCAGGAGCGUCGCCAGGACUGCUCUUCGUACUCGUACCUACUCGACCGCGACUACGUAUGUCCCUCCCGCCUCCCUCGAAAAUGUCCUUCCACGGCGCCGUGUACAGCUGAAGCCUAUCCCGGAGUCACCCAAUUUCUACACCGGCCGUGCUGCGUACUACGACCAGAUCAAUGGUCUUGAGACUGCUAUUCAGCACACUCGCUCUGCGCUCCAGAAACUUCAGCUCCUGCCUCUCCCUUCAUUUGCUCGCCACUCGAUCCCGCCUGGUCAUCAUGUAUGGAUCACGAAGGACGGGCUGACCGAGAUGCUGAACGCUCCUCUGACCACGUCUCGCUACCGCCGCUUACUGGGUCUUCUGAAUCAACUGGACAGCUAUCGACGCAUAGCGGACGUUGCCGGGGUGGGAAUGCUGGCCGAUCGAGUUGCCGGCGUGCUCGAAGUCUUCGAGCGAGAGAACAAGGAGGCCGUGCUCGCUCGCGGGAAGAGAAAGCCUGUAGAGUUCGACGAACAUGGCCGCAGCUACACCGUAGGUCGGAGAAAGGAGAGUGCGGCUCGUGUAUGGGUUAUCCCUGUGCAGAAGCCCGAGACGUCCACGGACGUGUCGACUUCUAGCACGACGUCGCAGAAGGCAGCAGCAGAGGAUGUUUUGCCACAGUUGACGCCAACCAUUACAUCGGCAAUGAGUGACAGCCCGCUCAAGCCCAUAACAGUUACAACUACGAAUAUCCUCAUUAAUAAUACACCGCUCUCUCAAUACUUCCCCAUCCCCGCCGACCGCGAGCGUGUCGUACGGCCGUUCAAAAUCGCUGGGUUGGUUGGUGCUUACAAUGUCUUCGCAUUGGUGCGCGGAGGGGGUACCUCGGGCCAGAGCGGCGCUGUCAGCCUGGGCAUAGCGAAGGCUCUCUCGGCACACGCACCAGAGGUAGAACCUCUCCUCCGCAGAGCGAAGCUCAUGCGGCGCGACCCGCGCAUGGUCGAGAGAAAAAAGACUGGAAGACCCAAGGCUCGGAAAGCGUACACUUGGGUCAAGCGUUGA